CCUAUGUCGUCGUCACACUUCCUGAUAUGAAAACUGAAACUCCGAAGGACAAAAAAUGCGAUGAUAAAUGCAAAAAACAAACCAAUUUCACGUAUCCACACAUAGGCCUACAACACGGACAGGAACAGUCAUGAUGGAAUGAAAGAACUCACCAUAGACAUGUAGUCUAUGGAAGUCACACCGUCUUCCUCAUUGAACAAAAGGACCCAUGCACCUCCACCCUGGACUUUGGGCCUGGGCCCUCCUCCCUCCACCCAACUUAUAGGCCAGGCCUACUGGCACCACCACCCCGCACACACAGGAUACACUCUGGCCUACAGAUACUGAGGAUGCUGCCUAGACAUGGCCAGUGAAGAUGGACUCAACACCGAGGGUGGCCUCUCUUGUCCACAAGGGGUCAGUAUCACAGGUUCCCAGGGAGGUCAGGUGUGCGCUCCAGUGCUGUUGCACACCACUGUCCAAGGAAACGUCAACAUAUCCUUGAGCUCCUCAGGUGGCGGGGCAUGUGCAUCAUCUGCUACGGCUUCUAAAGAUGACAUUGAUGUCAAAUCUGUUAUGUUGGACUACAAGGAGUCCAUCCUCUCCAGGUAUGAAACUGUGGAGGAGUACAACUCCCUCCCAUGCGAGGACGUACGGUUGGCCGAUCGCUACACACAACUGCUGAUGGUGCAGAAGCACCGGCCCCGGGAGAAGAGGGUGGAGGAGAUCUGCACCAGAGGAGAUGCCUUCCAUCAGGUCCUUCUCACCAGAGAUGCAAAAGAUUAUGAGAGCAUUCGCAUGGAGAAUUUUUUCAGCCCCACCGACAAGGGGGAGGCCCCAAGGGCCGUGCUCCUUCAGGGGCAUUCGGGGAUGGGCAAGUCAUUCACAGCCCAGAAGAUAAUGCAAGACUGGGCGUCAGGAAGGCUCUAUGCCAACUCCUUCGAGGUUGUGUUCCACCUGAAGUGCAAGGAGCUUAACCUGUCCAGGGGGGAGCAGAGCUUGAUGGAUCUGCUCCAGUUGGAGUCUGUUUUUGUACCAGCUAUGCAUGAAGUGCUCAACAAGUACCCACAGAAAGUCCUUUUUCUGGUUGACGGCUUUGAUGAACUCAGGUUACCCUUGGACAUCAGCUCAUCUUUACCCACUGAUGCGUUCACCAAGGCUCCGGUGGCUGCUGUCCUGAGUGCCCUGCUACAAGGCAAGAUCCUGUCCAGAUCUUCCCUCCUUGUCACCUGCAGGUCCACUGUCUCAGACAAGCUAAGCAAACUCCUCAAACGACCCCAGCGCUUCACAGAGAUCCUGGGUUUCUCUGAAGAGGGAGUGGAGGAGUACUUUUACAAGUUCUUUAAUGAUCAGAAGUUGUCCUCACAGGCAUUUGACACCGUAAGGUCGAACGAACACCUCUUUGCAGCUUGCUUCGUCCCCAUCAUUUCUUGGAUUGUCUGCACCGUUUUUAGAGAGCGUUUUGGCUAUGAGAUGGAACUGACCACUACCACAUCUGUAUUUGUGCACUUCGUGUCAAUUCUGCUGGAGCACCACUGUCAUGGUUUUAGUCAGCCAGUGCCCUCUCUGCUGAGGAGCCUAGGUCAGCUAGCAGAGAAAGGAAUCUUGGAACAAAAUGUCCUCUUUGAAGAGAGAGAGGUAAUAGACAUGGUUCCAGAUCCAGUCAGUGUUCCCUUCCUGUGCAAAUUUUUGGUUAAGAAAAAUGUUGCAAAGAAAACAAUGUUCAGUUUCAUGCAUCUCAGUUUUCAGGAGUUUUUCACAGCCCUGCUCUAUGCCACUGCAGAGGAAGAGGAGGGACAGAGUAAGGUGGAGAACCUUCUCCAGAGAGAAGCGAGAGGGGAUCACCACCUCCUUCCUGUCAUUUAUUUUCUCUUUGGUCUGUCGAACAAAGAGUUGGGAAGCACACUCACAGAGAGCGUACAUCUGUCAAUCUCUGCUACCCUACAAACUCAGCUUGAAAAAUGGAUUGAUCAACUCAACAGAAAAACG